AUGUCUUCCUCCUCCUCCAGUGACGAUGGCGUGGAUCCAGUUGACCUCGCCAGCAACAUCGGCACAUGGGUCGCCGCUGGCGUAGCCAUUAUUGCGCUAGUCGGUGUAGUCGGUCCAUAUCUUGCCCUGCAAGCGUCGAUGAGUGAUAAAAACCGCGCCAUGAAUGCGGUGCAAGAUCAACAGCAGAAGUACAUCUCUAGAGGCUGGCGGUUGACGAGAGGACUACGCGUGUUUAGAAGGAUUCGCGUGCCCAACCUUGCACCGGGUUACAUCACCAAUGAGCCGGACACGGCCCCGCUUAUACCGCCGCUGAGUGCAGCUUUGGGACGCUGGGGGUUCAAAACGAGGGAUUAUUUGCCGUGGAAUACGGGCUGGGCUAAGAUUUCUGAACUGAUUGAGUCUUAUGAAGUAAGGGAUGGGAUUAGCAACCGACAAGUUGACUUGGACGUACCCAAGACUGGCGGAACACUCGAAGUUGUCAACAGUCGGACUGCGUUAGUAGUCAACAAACACUGGAUCCUGAUUCUGGGUCUUCUCGGUCGAUAUGGAGACCGUGUUGACAAAGGCAUCCUGCAGCGAAAGGGAAUCAGGAGGAACUUUGAUGGGGAACGAGCAUCAAUCCGACAUUUCGCUUUACCGAGGAAAGCCAAACAAAGAGAAUCAGAUUUGGCAUUCGAAUGGGUUCGCAAGAAACAGAGUCACGAAAUGAGCAGAAUGAGAGGCUCGUCUAGUCGAGACUCGGCAAGUUCGAGAUCCUGGUCAGACAGCGACCCAGACUCUGAUGGAACCGUGAUGGCUGUGCGUCGAAGUGCUUAUGGCACCAUAACCCUCGAAACGACACCCCAACCUACGAUACACGGAAUCACAGGCAAACUGCAGCAACUCGGCCGACACAAAGGAUCGUGGAGUUAUCUAACUUCUAUAUCGUUUGUCCCGCAUAUCGCGAAAGAGAUCUUUGAAGCAGGUGUCAAUGAGAGGAGGGAAGGUUCCUCGUUGCAAACGUUGUUCUGGCUCGCUCAUGGUUUCUUACCGUGUGGCAGGACAGUAGAAGGGCGUCAGAUGGUGAUAUCUCUAGAGUCACCAGACCUUUCUCUUGAAUCGAUCGGUAGGAACGUUGAUGAUAUACUAGCCUGGCCUGCAUACUCUCUCCAAGAGUCGGAUGAUGUUCCCAUCUCAAUUGGUAUUGCAAUGCAGUGCCUCGGUAUCCCAGAGCCACAAAUAUUGCAAUUCCUCCCACUUGAUCCCGCGAGCCAAGCAAAACGAGUGUUGGAAAAGACCAGUCAUCACUCUUGUGACGGAACUCAGAGUCUAGCAGAUGAAUCAAAUGAAGGGAACCGCCGAUGGGAACGUGAGCUACCAGCACAACAAGCCGGCCUUAGCCUCGAUGGCCCAUGGGUUCGCUAUUCAAACCCAUCACAAGAAAACUUCUGCCUAUUCCGACGACACGAUUUUGGAAAGACCCUAAGACUCAUACUCACUAUCGAAUGGGAUAACUGGGGGUUCCUGAUAUGGAAGGACAAGUUCUGGAUAUCAAUCCUACGGCGGACCACUAGUAUUCUGAAGAUCAACAAGAUAUGUGAUUCUGAGUUUGGGCGAACCUUCGGACUAACAUCUCACUCUCGAGUCUUUGACUGGAAGCAGAAUGGCAAGUUUUAUCCACAAAGAUUGGCAGAUCAGCUGUCCUUCGACAAGUUUCUGACCGAGUAUCUCGACACGUAUGAUCUGCGGGCUCUUCGUCUCUCGCUCGGAGUUCUUUACAUCUUGGAUGCACAACUCCGAGAGAGUACCCUGAAAGCAUAUGCGAAUCUGGGCAAUAACGGAGAAAAGAACGAUCCGCGUUCCCAAGCAAGGCUAAAGUACCUUGAAUCUGCUCUGGAGGAGGUUGAGGCAGAGUACCGAAUCCAGAAGAUCAUGCACAAGGAUGACGAAACACCAUUUUUAAACAAGAAGAUGGCGGAGAUAUCAGACUCUGAGUCUGUUGAGGGAGUCUAUACGCAUAUGCUGAUAAGAGCCGUGGAUACUGAAACACUCGACCGUUUCAACAUCGUCUAUGAACCAGCCGACGAUUUAUUAUACCGCAUUACCGGAUACAUCGCCCCAUGGGAGCAAAAGAUUUUCUUUCAACACACUUCUCUACGCCGAGAACUCAACCAAAUGAAAAGCCGUAUGGUUGGCGGCGUAUUGGAGUAUACGUAUAAGACGAGGCAACUGAAAUGGUACUCUGAUAAGACCUCUAUGUUGGAGUAUAGCACUUGGCAGUUAAGUCCCGAGGACGUAGUCAUGAAUGGUGAGAAACAGUCGAUGUGGAUUGAGGAGAAGGAUAUGGUUAUGGUGGUAUUGUGGGUUGCUAAUAGAGCGGCGAUGUGGAUUGGUGCUUAA